AGGGCGGAGAGAAGGUGAUCAAUCUCCAUCCGUCUCCAUUAGAAAUCACCUAAACACUCUGACAGACAACGACAAGCCCCCUGAAAGCAAAUGAGUUUGAUUUAUUUGGCUGUAAAAACACCUGGAACCGCACCGAGGACGCGGUGACGCCCGUGUGCAGAAAACCCGACUGCGUGUCUCUCCGUGAUGCCGCUCGGUUUGCACGCUGUUUGUUUUUGAGCAAGUCCUCCUCCUCCUCCGCCGCCGCCGCUGCUGCUGCUGCCGCCGCCGCUGCUCCUCGACUUCUAUGCCCCGCAGACUUCCUACUGCUGGAUAAUUUUACUGCCGCACGCCCCGUGUGGCCCGAGAGCUUCGGGAGAAGGGACGGAGAAGAAAAACCCCAGUGACUUGGAUCGGCCCCCUGUCCCGUCAAGCUGCAGCAUCGGGGGAAACCGAACCACUGGCCUGAGCUGGGUGGAGCAGUGACCGCCUGUAGCAUGAUGUCCUACCUCAAACAGCCCCCCUACGGCGUCAACGGCCUGGGGCUCAGCGGCGCUGCCAUGGACCUGCUGCACCCCUCAGUGGGCUACCCAGCGACUCCCAGGAAGCAGCGGCGGGAGCGGACGACCUUCACCCGCUCCCAGCUCGAUGUCCUGGAGGCUCUGUUCGCCAAGACCCGGUACCCAGAUAUCUUCAUGCGGGAGGAGGUCGCACUGAAAAUCAACCUGCCCGAGUCCAGAGUCCAGGUGUGGUUCAAGAACCGGAGGGCCAAGUGUCGCCAGCAGCAGCAGAGCGGCAGCAGCGCCAAAGCCAGGCCGCCCAAGAAGAAGUCUUCUCCGGCCCGGGAGAGCACUGGAUCCGAGAGCAGCGGGCAGUUCACGCCUCCCGCCGUCUCCAGCACCGGCUCGUCUUCCUCUUCAUCCUCCUCCACCAAUCACACGGGCCCGGCGGCGCUCAGCAGCACCUCUACCUCCAUCAGCACCGUCUCCUCCAUCUGGAGCCCCGCUAUCUCCCCCGGAAACGCUCCCGCUCCUGCUGUGGCCCCGCUCCCCGAGCCCGGACCCCCGUCGAACGCGUCCUGUAUGCAGCGUUCAAUGUCAGGCUCCGCUGCCGCUGCCACCUCCUACCCCAUGUCCUACAACCAGACGCCGGGCUACGGCCAGGGCUACCCCGCCCCCUCCAGCUCUUACUUCAGUGGCGUGGACUGCGGAUCCUACCUGGCCCCCAUGCACUCCCACCACCACCCCCACCAGCUCAGCCCCAUGACGGCCUCCUCCAUGUCAGGCCACCCGCACCACCACAUCAGCCAGUCGUCAGGCCACCACCACCAUCACCACCACCACCAGGCCUACGGCGGCUCCGGCCUGGCCUUCAACUCCUCCGACUGCCUGGAUUACAAAGAGCAGACUGCAGCCUCCUCGUGGAAGCUCAACUUUAACACCACAGACUGCUUGGACUACAAAGACCAGGCCUCCUGGAGGUUCCAAGUCUUGUGAUCAGGCUUUUUUUUUUCCCUUCCCUCCCUGCUCAUCUGCUCCCUCUGCUUUUAUUUUCCAGAUUAGCGUAUUGCUCGUUUUUAAAGACAAAGAGUUUAUAAACCAUAAGAUAACAAGAUAGCAGCAGGAACGCUCAGCAAUCGGACUUUGUUUUUCCUCCCUCUCGUCCUCCCGUGUCUUUUUAUUUUUUUAUUUUUUUUUAAACGAAAAAUUUAAAAAAGAAGAGAAGCAAUCCCUCGAGUCCUGUGACGAGAAGACAUCAGGAGCAGUUUCCUGACGAUGAAGAAUGGGUUUUUAAAGAGGCGCCCUCUUGUAUGAGCUCAGCAAAACCAAACUGUUUUUGAAAACGACAACAACAAAAAAAAAAAAAAAAGAGAAGUAAUUUCAGCCAAACUCCUUUGACCACCAGCUCUCUGGUUCUCUGGAUGGGAGGAAUAUUUUCCCCUCUGGUGCACCGACAGGAACUGCCUGCAGUGCCCUCUUACCUCCAACCCAAUCAAAUCCUGUAUAGUUUUUAUUUCUGAAAUUUGUUAUUUUAGGAUGACAGAGAUUUUUAGUCAGCUACGUUGAGGAGCUGAAAUAUGUAAAUAUGUAUUUGGGUCAGUUACAGUGACCAUGUUUAGUUGGUGUUUUUCCGAAUUUGAAAUUGUUUAUUACCGCUUUGGGAGAAAAAAAAAAAAGAAAAAACCACUGUAUGUAAAUCUUUCCAAAUAUUCCAAAGAGAACAAAUUGGCCAUAAAGUUCAGCUUUUAUAUACAUCGUUUUACUCAGAAAAAAAUAUGUUUUGGCAAUUUGAACUGUCUUGGGAAAACUCUAAAUCUAAAAUAUAGAUGCAGAACUAUUCUGGGCAUUUGUCCAGGUUACAUUUUGUUUUCCGGAUAUUAUUAUUAUUAUUAUUAUAAUAAUUAUUAUUAUUAUUCUAGCCUCUACAUUUUUGAACCAGACCUCCUCUCUUGGGCAUUGUCGUGAUUAUUGGACAUGUUUGAACCGCAGCACUUGGCUUGAUAUUGGAGUCAAAGCGUUUUGUUUUGUUUUUUUGUUUUGUUUUUGUUUUGUUUUAUUAUUAUUUUUGGAGAGGAAAUGUGGAUUUAUAGCUCCAAAAUGACAGUGAGAUGUUGAAUGUAUCUUUAAGGCGACCACCCUUACAUACAUGUUCAUCCAAUAAAGAUCCGUUAAGUCAUA